UUUGUUUUAACGUAACCUCGUUCUUCUUCUUGUUUCCUCAGAAGUUCGGUUUCUUCAAAGCGCAAGUUAUUUGGGCUAAACGAUUGAAGACUGUUAGCCAUUGACGAAUCGUUGUAGCCUGAUGGCGUCUUUGGAAAUAAAAUCUGGUACAUUGAUUUCCUUACAAGACCUGCACCCGUCAUCUCCAUUUUUUAAGCAAGGAGCCUCUCUCAGAAUAACUGGAAAUGAUGACAGUGGAGUGUCAGUCAAUAACUUAUGUGUAGCCUUCCAUAGGUUACGUGAAUAUUCUAUAGAGGCGUGCCUAGCAACGAUUAUUGAUGGCGAUGACAUUCUAAAAGUUAGUACCGAACAUCUGAGGGACCUUAGCUUUCAAGCUGGCUCUGUCUACCAAUUCAUUGGUGAACUCCUUAUCCAACCUGAUAAUGAGUUUUGCAAGCUCGUGUUGGUAGAAACGUUGAUGGGAUCGAUCUCAAUCUUUACCAUCAGUCCCUGCUGCUCUUAAGACAGUUUCAAGCCAAUCAUUUAAGCAAUCCAGAAACUAUGUAGGAUUAUUUGCGAGCAGAAGAUGCCAUGCUAAUAUGAAAACGCACUCUUCUCAUACUAUAAAAGAAGAUGGAAAUUUGCUCUGAAACUGUUGUAUAGCAAUGUUUGUUCUCACUUAGGGACACUGAAUGCAUAUGCUUUUCUGUGUUUUCAGAUAAAGAUGUAGUGUCUGCACUCUACAAUGUUCUUCAUGUGUAAACAGAAUCUUAGCAAGUUCAUGAUGACAUUUCGUUUUAUUUUUAUUCUCUCUUUCUUUUGGCUGCAAAUGGGGCAUGACAUGAGAGAGUUGUUAAGUAUUAAUUGGGCUUAGCUGUGCUUUCUUCACGGGGACAAUUAGUUCUUCAUGUGACGCUAUGCAACAAACUUUUGGUCACCCCUGAUUUUGCCAUCGGAAAUUGAGGCAAGGGAGAGGGAAGGGUGGCGGAAUAUUCAAGGAAACAUGAGAUAUUUAGUGCAUCCCAUGUCUCUUUUUUAUGCUGCAUCACUAUUCCAAAAUCUCUGGCAUUUGAAUGUUAUGGUCGUAUAUUCUCCAUUUGUGUGGGAAAAAUAGUAGUGCCAAUUAUCUAGUUGGUAGUCCCCGUUACAUAAAUUUAGUCGUUGCGUUUGACGUUGGAAGGUUAUGUUCCAUGUGCUACAAAAUGUGAUGAAAAGGCACAACUUAAACAUAUUGAGUGUUUACGUAUUAAUAUCCACCAUUCAUCUGUAGUGUGGGUGUUGAAUUUGCAAAUUACGCAAUGAUUUGAAGAUGAAGAUGCA